CAAAUGGAAUGGCAGAUCCUGCUAGCUAUGGCAAUCCUGACCGCGACAUUGACCAGGGGCUAAUUGCGUUGAAGAAAGGUACACAGCUAAUUAAGUAUAGCCGGAAGGGGAAGCCAAAGUUCUGCCCUUUCAGAGUUUCUCCGGAUGAAACAACAUUAAUUUGGUACUCUCGUGGAGCAGAAAGAAAUCUAAAGCUAUCUUCGGUUUCAAAAAUUAUUCCUGGCCAGAGAACUCCUGUUUUUAAAAGAUUUUUGCGCCCAGAGAAGGAGUACUUGUCAUUUUCCCUUAUAUACAACAAUGGUGACAGAUCUCUAGAUCUGAUCUGCAAGGAUAAAGUUGAAGCGGAGAUUUGGAUUGCUGGACUAAAGAAUUUAAUUUCAGCUGGCCAAGCUCGUAGUAGACGUACUCGGAGUGAUAUUACUGAUUUACAAAAUUCCCACCCAUGUGGUGCAUCACUAGAUUUCACCCAAACUAUUUCUCGGGAUUGGACAUCUGCUGAUCCCUAUGGCGGUGAAACUUCUUUGAAUAUUCGAAGCUCAGAUGCAGGGUCAGAACGUGCAAAUAUGCAAGUAAGAACAAGUUCGGAUGGUUUCCGUAUUAGUGUCUCUAGCACUCCAAGUUGCUCAAGUGGGGGUUCGGGGCCUGAUGACAUAGAAUCAUUAGGUGAUGUUUAUGUGUGGGGGGAGAUUUGGUGUGAUGGAGCGUUGAAAGAUGGAGCCGGGAAUCCAAUUCCUGUUAAACACGAUGUACUUACUCCUAAACCUUUGGAGUCAAAUGUGGUUCUUGAUGUUCAUCAAAUUGCUUGUGGGGUACGACACGUUGCUCUUGUUACAAGGCAAGGAGAGGUUUUCACUUGGGGAGAAGAAUCCGGGGGCAGGUUAGGUCAUGGAGUUGAAAAGGACUUUAGCCGCCCUCGGCUUGUUGAAUUUCUGGCAGUUACAAACGUCGAUUUCGUUUCGUGUGGUGAGUUUCAUACGUGUGCUGUGUCUACAUUGGGCGAUUUAUAUACUUGGGGUGAUGGAACCCACAAUGCUGGACUUCUUGGGCAUGGCAAUGAUGUUAGCCACUGGAUACCAAAGAGAGUUUCCGGUCCUCUUGAAGGGCUUCAAGUUUUAUCAGUUGCAUGUGGAACCUGGCAUUCAGCUUUGGCAACUGUGAAUGGAAAACUAUUCACAUUUGGGGACGGAACAUUUGGCGCCUUAGGUCAUGGGGACCGCGUAAGUGUACCGUAUCCGCGGGAAGUUCAAUCACUUAACGGACUUAAAACCAUAAAAGUCGCGUGUGGGGUGUGGCACACCGCUGCCAUCGUUGAAGUCACAAACCAGAACUCAUGCGGAAAUGCGCCCACGAGAAAGUUAUUCACAUGGGGAGACGGCGAUAAAAACAGAUUAGGUCACGGAAAUAAAGAACCUUAUCUGCUUCCGACCUGCGUAUCCUCACUUAUAGAUUACAACUUCCAUCAGUUAGCAUGUGGACAUAAUAUAACCAUUGGUCUUACCACAUCGGGUCACGUGUUUAUCAUGGGAAGCAAUGCGUAUGGUCAGCUCGGGAAUCCACAGGCCGACGGGAAAGUCCCGUCUCUUGUACAAGAUAAAUUGGUAGGGGAAUUUGUCGAAGAAAUAGCGUGUGGCGCUUUCCAUGUCGCUGUCCUUACAUCGAGAAGCGAAGUUUUUACGUGGGGAAAAGGUGAGAACGGAAGGUUAGGUCACGGUGAUAACGAAGAUCGAAACAGUCCGACAUUAGUCGAGGCCCUAAAAGACAGACACGUGAAGAAUAUAGCAUGUGGUUCUAAUUAUACUGCCAGUAUUUGCAUUCAUAAGUGGGUGUCCGGAGCGGAUCAAUCUGUUUGCUCGGGUUGUCGACAAGCAUUCGGAUUUACCCGAAAGAGGCAUAACUGUUAUAAUUGUGGACUAGUGCAUUGUCAUGCUUGUAGUUCGAAAAAAGCAUUGAAAGCAGCAUUGGCUCCGACUCCGGGAAAGCCACACCGCGUUUGUGACUCUUGCUACAUGAAAUUGAAAAAGGCUUCCGAAGGAACUUCCUCAUUUUACGUUAAGAAGUUCAACUCCUCUCAUCGACCUGUGGAGAAUAGUAAGUUGGACAGGGGCGAGGGGAAAAUAUCAAGAGUUUUGCUCUCACCCACGAUAGAACCGAUUAAGUACCUCGAAGUUAAGUCUACAAGGCCCGGCAUCAAAUCAGAUAAUCUCAGUAUAGUAAGAGCUUCACAGGUUCCUUCACUUUUGCAAUUAAAAGAUAUCGCUUUCCCGAGUUCACUUAGUGCGCUUCAAUAUGCCUUGAAGCCUGUCGUGACACAACCACCUCAGCUUCAGCCUCAGUAUCAGCCUCAGCCUCCAAAUUCGUCCAACUCUAGACCUGCUUCACCGUACUCGAGAAGACCAAGUCCUCCACGUUCCCCCGCUCCCGUUUUUUCAAGAGGCGUCAUUGAUAGUCUUCGAAAGACAAAUGACGUAUUGCACCAAGAAGUUGCCAAAUUGCAAAACCAGAUCAAAAGUUUAAAGCAGAAAAGCGACGGACAAGAUGCUGAACUUCGAAAAUUGAAGGAAAGUUCUCAAGAAUCAGCUAGGUUGGUUGCAGAGAGGGCAUCGAAGUGUAAUAUCGCGGUGGAAACCAUGAAGUCUAUUACCGUUCAACUGAAAGAGAUGACACAAGAACUGCCUCCUGAUAUCUCCGAGGGUCCAGCCAUUAAAUCCAUACAAGCUCAAGUGGAAUCAUUUCUCAAUACAUUUGGGAAUCAAGCAUCUGAAGACAACGCUUCUUUGCCACCAGACCCGUCUUAUAGUCAACAGAAGCCGACACAUAGAAAAAAUCUAUUCUCUGAGUCUGUCAUUAGAAAUGAUCAUUGGGAUGCUGCUGACAAUGUCGAUGGAACUGUACGUGAGAACCACGGACAAUCAGCUCCCGAAAGUGUCUCGGGGUCACCUAAAGCUCCCAGAGAGGGACAAAAGGAAGUUAUCGAACAGUUUGAACCGGGCGUUUAUGUCACUCUCCUUCAACUUACAAAUGGCACCAAGAUCUUCAAGCGUGUUAGGUUCAGUAAACGGAGGUUUGCGGAGCAACAAGCAGAAGAAUGGUGGAAGGAAAACAAAGAUAGGCUACUAAAAAAGUACAGCCCUGCGAAGACAAACGUCGUGCCUGCUGAUUCAUCAUGUGCACCACCACCAGUACAAGAAAAUAGCGAAGCAUCACCGUCUUCAUAGACACAACGAUUGCUAAUUUUGUCAGCUUAGUUGUUAGCAGUAGAGGCGGGUUCAAGAUUUAGAUUCAGCGAGUUUGAAGUUGGUACAUUUUUAUGCCUUUUAGAGUUUUUUUUUUAAGAGCUGACAUGUAUUUUGGACUCUGAGGAUAAAUUAACCCGCCUAAAGCCUCAAAAGAAUAUUUAUCCUCUGAGAACUAACAUGUAUACAAAAUAUAUAUAUAUAGAUGGUUUUUUUUCUUGCUUUAAUCAUCUAGUAUCCGAAGCCUAUAGGUCCGAUUAAUCCGGAUUUGCACCACAUAUGGGAAACACUUCCUUCCUACCGGAAAUUUCUCUAUUUUCAGGGCUCGAACCCGAUAUUUGACCUUCAAGGAUAGAGGAAACCCAAGAUCUCUGGUUAAGGGAUCCCAUUCCUUAACUUU